AUGGAUACUUAUGAUGCAUCAGAAUCAGAAUUGACUCCUAGAGAAAAUACAUCUUGUCGGCAUAAAGAUUACUUUUUAGGUGCCACCCCUCUGCAGAGACGAUUAGAAUCAGUCAGGAAGCAGACCAAAUUUGUCUCAACUCCACCUCGAAAGAAGGUUCUUCAUUCUUCACAACUUCAGGAAGAUGUUGAUCCUCAGAAGAUUACUUUCCUGCUACAUAAGCAGUGGACUUUAUAUAGUUCAACUCCCUUAUAUAAAUUUUCCUAUACUAAUUUCAAAGAGUAUUCAAGACUUCUGAGUGCAUUUAUUACUGCUGAAAAGCAAAAAGGAUUUGCUGUGGAAGUAGGAGAAGACAUCAACUUCAAAGUGAUUUUCUCUACCCUUGUAGGAGUGAAAGGAACUCAAAGGGACCCAGAAGCAUUUCUUAUUCAGAUUCUGUCAAAAUCUCAAUUGCCAUCAGCAAGCAAAGAAGGUAAAGUGUUGUGGACUGGUUGGUUCUGCUGUAUAUUUGGAGACACUCUUUUAGAGACUGUUACAGAAGAUUUCACUUGUCUUCCCUUAUUCCUUGUAAAUGGAGCAGAGUCGAAUACAGCCUUAAUUGGAACCUGGUUUCAGAAAACUUUUGACUGCUACUUCAGCCCCUUAUCUAUUAGUGCCUUUAAUCUUUCCUGGAUGGCUGCUAUGUGGACUGCAUGCAAAAUGGAUCAUUACAUGGCUACUACUGAAUUUCUUUGGUCUGUACCCUGUAGUCCUCAAAGUCUGGAUAUUUCUUAUGCCAUUCAUCCAGAGGAUGCAAAAGCUUUGUGGGAUAGUAUCCAUAAAACCCCUGAUGAAGUUACCCAAGAAGAAGUUGACUUAUUCAUGGACUGCCUUUAUUCACAUUUCCAUAGACAUUUCAGAAUUCAUUUAUCAGCCACAAGACUGGUUCGUGUUUCAACAUCUGUAGCUUCAGCACAUACUGAUGGAAAAAUAAAGAUUCUGUGUCAUAAAUACUUUAUUGGAGUGUUGGCAUAUUUGACAGAACUGGCAGUUUUUCAAGUUGAGUGA